AUGGCGGCUGAGCAACAGCGAGUAUGUUGCCCUGGUGAAGAGUCUGCUAGUGGUCUCCUACUCCACGACGUUCCUCUGACCACCGGCUCUGGUGCAAUACUUUGUGACAUCUCAACUCCCUUUCAUCGCCCUUUCGUGACCGCCUCGAUGCGUCGAGCUGUAUUUCAAACUCUGCAUGGACUCUCACACCCUGGGAUCCGAGCCUCUCAAAAGCUCCUUGCGGAAACGUUUGCCUGGCAUGAACAAGUACGUCAAAUCAUGGGCUCGGUCCUGUCUGAGUUGCCGGCGCAACAAGGUGCAGCGUCACAACAAGUCACAACCAGGCACUUUUCCCAGUCCCGUCGCACGGUUCAGCCAUGUGCACGUGGAUGUCGUAGGCCAAUUGCAUCCAUCCAAUCGUUUCACCCACCUCCUUACCCGCGUCGAUCGAUUUCCUUUGUCAAAUGUUCAGGCUGAAACCAUCGUGAAAGCCUUCGCCAGUCGUUGUGUCGCCAUGUUCGGUGCCCCAUCAACGGUUACGAUUGAUCAUAAUGCCAAUUUUGAGUAAGCACUAUUUCAAACGAUACUCAAUUUUAUUGGCUGCACACGCAUCCGACGACAGCCUACCACCUGACUGCCAACGGUAUAGUGGAACGUUUCCAUCGUCAGCUAAAGACCGUCCUACGUGCCGUAGAAGACCCAGGAAACUGGUCGGACAACCUUCAUCUUGCACUCGUCGGCAUCCGCACAGAUUUGAAUUCGGAUCUGGGCUGUAGCGCAGCUGAAUUGAUUUUCGGCACUACCCUCCGACUGCCAGGCGAGAUGAUCAACCUAACCUGUCGUGGGACCGACGAGACUCCUGACAAUAUUGUGCACCGUUUGCGGCAAUUUGUGCGCUCGCUUUCCCCGGUUCCGAGCUCCAAUGACUGAGUCUUGUGUCGAAAAAAGAUUUGGACAAAUGUACUCAUGUUUUCGCCCGGUGUGACCGUGUGCUCCAGCCGCUGGAAUCAUCAUACGAAGGACCGUUCCGCGUGUUCGCGCGCAACGCCAAGACCUUCCGGAUUCUUUGCAGUGACAAUGAGGACGUGGUCAGUGUCGAUCGGGUCAGGGCUGCUGUUGCAGUGGAGCCGCCGGACCGGUCACAAUGACAAAAAUGUGCUGAUCCCCUAUCCCCUGUUCCUCCAUCUUACCUAUCCCCUGCUCAUUCGCCCUGCCCACUGCCUUGCCCUUCUCCUCCCUUGACCUCCACCCCUCCGUGUGGCAUACUUCCUCUCCCUACAUGUCGACAGCAUCCAACUACAACAUCAUCCUCCAUCAAAGCACGCAGUCAAUGCUCCUCGACUGUACCUCCUGCUUAUAUCACUCGCAGUGGCCGUCACGUUUAUUUAUCGGAUCGUUUAGUUAGCAUUUUGUCUGGACUUAUUCAUAUUCUCGGGAGCCGUAUUUCGUUGCCCUCUGGUCUAGAAGGGGGGAAAUGUAGUGAGGUACCUGACUUAUUUACCUUUGACUAUUUAGUCCCAUUUUCUUUCACCACACUGUUUGUUUGAAUGUGACGAAAAAUGACACACCUGUACAAUCCGCCUAGCUAGCGUGCUCCUCUGGCAAGGUCUGUUGUCAGUUUUCUUUACGUUCACAAUCUCUAUAUUAUUCACUGCUUCGUUUUAGUUGGUGCCUUUAAGGCUAGGGGUUCGUGAGAUACAGCUCAUUACUUCGUAAGAACAUUAUUAUUUACUACAAGGACAUUUUUCAGUGGCAUCUUUCAGCCAAUCUUCGUGGUCAGUCGGUGAAGCUACGGACAAAAAUGUCCAGGCUUAAUCUUCGUUCUGCAAUUUUCACGAAAAUGGUAGUGGAGAAAUGGAACGAUCUCCCUGAGUCAGUCCUGGAGGCGACGUCGGUUUAAAUCUUCAAGAAACGCUUGGAUGAUUAUUUUUUUCCCCUGUUUUUCCCCGAGAGUCUGCAUCUGAAUUAAAUGUCUCCCCACACAGCAAAUAUUUUGUCUGCGGCAAUGCUAAUCAAGCGAAUCAAGUACUGUUUUAAUAGCGGAUAUUUUCAUUGUUCGUGUACAGUUAAUUCUAGCGAGCUGGCAUGUAAUCAAUAGGGUUUUCAAAAGCUCUGCCUAUUAUUCUAACCAAAUAAACUAAAAGAAGGACCGCCAGACCGACCACUCGACAAAAGUCCAGUCACCACCUGCAAACGGAGCGUUGACUCACAAGGCCUGCAGGCAAAAGGGUAACCCUCCCCCCCCUUCCCGAGAAGCCGAGGCAACGAGAGGAGAGUAAAAUCGAUCAGCACGAGGCUGACGAACAUGAUAUGCCGCUUGGGAUUUCUGGUCGACUAAGGGCAUUUUACGCGUUGACAAUGGAGAUCCGACCAAGUUCAUCAAAACGUCAGCAUCUAAAUAAACUGGUUCUCGUUCGUUUAGCCUUUUUCAAAAUAAGCGAGCUCCAUAAGAGGCCACAAGGUAAGCAAUCACAGGUAAGUGUUCUUUCGAAUUCGACUGAUCACCGCUUAAGCAUCAAAAAUCAGACAGCCCAGCACCUGUUAAAACUGCCAGCCCCGGACCACAAGGAAACAGUGGAGACUGGAAGAGGUAAAAUGCUGAACGUCAUUCACUAGACUGCGCUGAGUGUACUUGGUCGAGCCCGUUGUCGACUUUUCACUCCCGCGCACGUGAGGUGCGUCUAUUACUUAGUGUUUUGUGCCUUUCAGUCAAUGAUUGACUUGGCAAACGGCCUUUGGAGAGUGAUGUACCAGGCAAAUGCAGGAGGUGUGUAAUCCAUCUCAGGCCCAGGGUUUGUGAGCUUUAGUUUUACCGUGAUGAGGAAAACAUGACACUCGAAGCCACGGAGCCAGGUAAACCGGUGUCAUAAGCACCGAUUUCAUUCGCCGCAUUCUGCUUAACUCCCCUCACUGUCCCGCGCGUUCAGCCAGCACAUCGGCCAAUUAGGCCACAUGCGCAGUCAUGAAAUCUGUGGUAGAUAAUUGCCGGCUACACUACACCAUCACGCCUUCCCUCACCCGCGGGUGCAUCACAAAACAACAUAACCCGUUGCGAGCAGUCUCACUUAAGUGGGAAGUAUGCUUUUGGACUUCUUCCCUAUGUGCAUCUUUUGCUGUAUGUGCGAUUGGAGUCUGAGAAUAUCAAGGUGCGUCCAGAGCCCUGCUUUGCAAGGUUGCCAACUGACGCCUCAACUCAGUCCACGCAGUUGGCCCAGUUGUGUUUGCUUGCGUGUAUUGGCGGACAGGUAGGCUGCAAGUCAGUCUAAAACAGCUUCUUCCUAAAUUGACCUGUGGCAUUCUCACGCGAGUGAAGAGGGUGUUACGCAUAUGUGUAAUGCUUCCCAGUCGUUGGCUGACUGGUGACCCGGCGUUUGAACAGCAAUGGACCGCAUGCCACCCUUCUGGGCCCAAGGUUUGAAAGCGUCUACUAUUCUAGGAUCAGCAAAUAAUGACACUCACAGCCUAGUGUACACUGGUAGUACUCUGAUACUUGAUUCCGUCAGUAGAGGCACUUGGACUCCCGAUGGAUAUACAGGUCAUGUGCAUGGUCGCUUUCUGACCCGUUCUUGUGCUGUUUUUGGUCAUAAACAUGUUCGGUCACUUACGAAUCCAUCGCACGGGGACUGGCGAACCAGUACCUAAAGCUCCAACCUACACCUGCCGCAUCCGCCUCCACUGUGCACACUGUCCACUCACAUUCAUGCAUCGCAUGGGCCUAUAAAUAGUUUGCACCGACUUUGCGAUCACAGUGUUUUGUCAAGCUUCUGUUGUCUACGAAUUGGUUUUCCUCAUCGUGUCAUUCCAAUUAGUUGGAUUACGCUAGAUAGCUGUUUACAGGAUGGCAAGGAGACUAAGUACAAGCCUCAUGAACAAAGAUCAUAUUAGUCCUUCAGUCCGACAGAUUUUUUGCCACGGCUUAACAAAUGCAUUAUCAACUAAUAAUCUACACUUUUUCACAUGGCCUUUCCGUGCCACUUCUGGGGCUUGCUGAGCGUAGCUUAACGUGAUAAUCAUUGUACCUUACUGUUUAUGAAAUCAAAAACUGCAAAUACUGAUGGUGGAGUUAUAACCUAAAACAUGCGCGAUUUCAUUAGAAGAAUGACAAAACAGCAGCUAGUAAUAUAGCAAAAGUACACCCAUUUCAUGAGUUAGUAUACCCACCGUAAAUUAACAUGUGAAACAUACAAAAAGUGUCGACUUAUAAUCGAUGGCGGGAUGUGCUGUCGUAAAAUAGAGUCCUUAGUAGAAUGCAGUUGUUCUUCACGAAUAUUGAAUUAUUAGUCCGUGGCAUCGAACUGCAAGUUCUUAUGACCCCGACAUCGGAAAUCUCAAAAUGUCCUUCCAUGCGUUUUGGCCGUCGCUGCUGCACUAAAUAAAACCCACGAGAUUUCGGACUGGUCAUAUAUACACAGCUGAGCAUUCGUGACGGUCCUGCGCACAUGUUUCGCGGAGAGCAAAUGCAUAAUUUAUUAGCUUCUUCACUACCAGGGCAUGAGAACUGGUCAAGUCUCGUCGAAACAAAACUCUAAAUAGAUCAAUUUGCAUUUAAUUCGCCGUGUCCCUCAAGUGGCCGAGAUCUAUGGGGUUUCAUCGCACUUUAAACGAAAGCCCCAAUUGAGGUUCGAAAAUUAAUCCCGUUAAAAAAACCAGUCUAGUAAAGAUUAUACCGACAGUUUUCAAACCAGUAUAUGACUCCUAAAUAUUAUAAUGCGUUCGCACAAGUCCUUUAAAAGCUCAUAAUGAGAAGGCGCGUAUGCAUUCGGGGAAUCCCAGUAAAUUUCUUAUUCUCUCCUCAUUUUGGGUGUCAAUCAAAGUAAUAAUGCAAACAGACGGUGAGAUUGCUUUUGCGCAGAUCCGCGAUUGUCAUCGAGGUGGGGGCGAGGUAUCUUUUUAGUGAUUUGAAAUAAUAAAGUUAUUCGUAUGUUUCAAAUAAAUCAAAGAAUUGUUUAAAUAUUGCUCCCAUUAUAAUUAGGCGCGCGCAAAACCUAUUUCCUGUGCAAGUGUUCACAAGAAAUUAACGGCGCAUACUGUCAACGUCAUUAAGCUUAACCGCCUUGCGGACCGCCGCAGCAAAAUGUUCACAUUAAGUUAGUUUUCGAAUCACUACGCAUAAAUGCUUAGUAAGAUGCAAAAAAAUUGCCCGAAUUUGAGGGGAUGCAAGUAGCAUCUCUUUUUUGCAUUUUAAUACCGACCACGUCCACGCCAUGCACUUACAGAGAACAGAACGACUGGCCGUUCUCGCUUAACUAUGCGAUUUACCUGUGCAGUCUUCCCCUAAACAUAUAACAGACAGAAGAUGUAGGAUUCUUUUGUGAAAAAAAUUGUCCGCAUGGCUGGUAAAUCACUCAAGGAACUUACUGCCAGAGGGCCUAUCAAAGACACCGCCGUUACACGAGAUAUACGUCCGCAGUACGUGAUAGAACUGUAUCCCAUUUGAGGUUUUCAGUUUCCUAGCGUAGUGCAAAUUCUGGAUUCCACCAUGAUAUUAGAAUGCCCCUUAUACAGCUCGUAACAUAUUGCUAUUGAUUUGUACAAUUAUGGGCACUUAAUGAGGGGCACUGGCGAUCGGGCAUGCACGAGGACAUUUGAGUUGAUACGGAACGCUCUAAAGCAUUCAUAAUUGGAAGCCCUGUUAUGGCUCAGAUAUACCUCUUUUUUGGCAAAACAUAAUAAAGAAGUGACAUCGACCAAAUACGUACAAAAAAGUAUUGUGAUCAGCACCAUAUUUAUAAAAAAAAAUAAUACGUCAUGGGAAUCCAAAAUUAAGCAGAAUAGUCUAUAUUGCCCAAGUUGCAGUUUUUUCUGUGUAUAGAUUUCGCACGCGGCAUUAUGGAAAAUAUUAUGUGAUUUUGUUUUAAGACGAUCAGUAUUAAAACUUUCAAUCUAACCGGAACUCAUUUCAUUCGCCCUCUAACCCAACUCCAUCAUCCUCAACACGCCGACUCCGUCAUGCGCACGGCGUGGGAACAUAUAGUCCCAAUAGCUCUGUCCCCGACACGUAUUUAUAUCCUGUCUACAAUUAGAAUGGUCAUCAAUCAUGCACAUGUAUCGACCAGGUUAUGAGUUACCGCAAUUAACUCUUCCAUAAUGAAUUAUGGCAACAUCUUUCUUGAGAGUUUCUAUGUUCCACCUGUUCAUUGAUUUGAUGUGAGUGCAAACUGGCAGAUUUUGACUGCACUUAACCUUCAUUAUUUCACCCUAAACUUUAAUUUGUGGCUCUUAGAAGUGCAGGGCCUGACUAACAGGCACAUUCCGGCAGUUGCCUUGACUGGUAGAUUACACAAGAUGAGGGCAACCGAUGCUCCCUGUAAACGCUAAAUCCUCUCCAAUUCUGCCCCCCUCCUCCUCCCCUCCUCCCUUUCCUCCUUCCCACCAUUUCUCUUCCCCCUCUGUCUUGUCCCCUUCACCAAUUACAAUUUAAAUGCCCUGCAGAUUUGGCGACAUAUAAUCCCGUAGACUGUUCAGACCAACUCGGUUGUUCUCCCACUAAAAUGAAUUUCAGCAUCCCUCUUGGAUGUCUGGGCAGGUCUUUUUAGUGAUGGCACUGCUAACCCAAAUGUGGAGGGAUAGGGCUGUAAAAGGUAUUGUAAGCAAAUGCCGGGAUAAUAUCAUGUGCAUGCAGAUCACGGCCUACAGAUUAAAAACUCACAGACCACACGAUCGUACAAGAAAAGAUCCGCGCUUUUGUCUGCCCAGCUCUUCCCAGUGGGUGCACAUUAAAUUCACCCACACCGGCAGCAUAGAAUGCUCGCACCCUUUUGACCAAUGGGGAAAGCGGUCGACCCGAUCACGGGACCGCACUCGUCAUGCGAGAACUGGUGCACAACAAAGUGGGCACCAGGAGUCGACUACAGCCCCUUCUGGAGUUAGCCCGCCAGAAAGGGUAUACCGUUGUGACGCAGUUUGUCAUUAGCAAUGACAUCGUGACACGACUGCACAGUCAGCCGCAGGGGAUCAAAUUCAGCUUCAUGAGUCACAUCCUGACUUUUUCAACAGCUCGACUCCUCACCAUUUUCACUGUCUACGCACGUCCUCUAACGAUCAGCCCUGAUGCAGCUCAGAACAGGUCUUUCGAACACCUACGCGUCCUUCUGGCGACUGUACCGUCAGCAAAAAGCUGGAUGCUCAUAGUGCGUGCAAAGCUCGAGCCGCGAUACACCAAAGUGCCAAUAGAAGUAAAGAGCCGAUUCCCAGAAAGUAGUCUUGAAGAAGAAGACACGAUCGCCGGGACAAGAGCUUUAUUAGCCUGAAGUUUCGGAUUCCUACUCGAAUCCUUCAUCAGAGACAAAAGAGCAGAAAAGGGUGGAUGCUGCACAAGGGGCUGCGGUAUUUAUUGGAUGCAGUAGCCAUGCUACAUCAUGCCUAUGAAAUUCUACGGCUCCCCCCUUUAUCCGGGAUCGUCGCACUUGGUGUGAUCAUUGCUUGAUGGCCGGCAUUCAGGUCGAUAAUUGCUGCAAUUUUAUCACGUGCAUUGUAUGUUGGCGUGAUGAUUCCUCGACCAUCUGACGCGUUGACCCGGGUGUUGGGAAGAGUGUUCACCAGUGCGCUCACCGCGUGACCAAUUACUCCGCCUAGACGAAGUCUCAGCACGCUGUAUUGAUUGGGAAGAUCGUAGCACUUGUUGAUGGACUGGGGGCCAGUAAACCAUGAUUUCAGUAGCUCCCGGCUCACGCGGUUGUCACCUCUUGCGAGAAUUCCGGCUUCAUCGAAUUUGAAUGUGUGGCCGGAUCUCGUCGAAUGAGCCGCAAUUUGAGAGCUGGAGUCAUUUCUGCGCACCGCUGCCGCGUGUUCGGCCAUUCUCUUUCGGAGCUGUCUUCCGGUUUCUCCGACGUAGUUGCUUUGUCCGCAACUGCACCAGAUCCGAUAACCGACUCCAGACGUUUCUAGCCGUGGCAGUGGGUCUUUCUGUUUCAUGAUCAGACGCCUGAUGACUAUGCGGACCGUAGAACGCGUUUGGUGGCAGACUUCGACAUUAACUGACUAUGACGUGUUCCGCUCUGGUACGGCUAGUCAAUUCCUGAAAAUUAAAAAAAUGGGUGCUUUGCGCCAAACGUCCUUAAUGACGUUAAUUAAGGAUUAGAGGACAGUAAUAAAUGCGGCCAUGUGUUGCAAUACGGAGAUCAAUGAUACUUUUACACUAAACUAAUUUUGGACACGAAGCAGAUACAGAGAUUUGACAAGCAAAAUAUUUGCGGACACCGGAAUAACCGUUUGUGAACUUUUAGUGGUCUACCGACCGACAUCAAUAAACGCAAGCUCCUGUGUCCAGUGGGCUUAUGAGCAGUAUACAUUUUACAUAAGUUUUCCUGUAUAUCCCUUAACUGGUCUCUUUCGUUUGUGUCCAUAAAUUAACUUGUUGGCAUUAAUCAACCGGUCUAAGGUAUACUUUGAUCGUAAAAACCUUUUGUGAACUCUGAAAGCAGUUCAUAUAUUUAACCUACGUUUGUGCAUAUUCUAGUAGUGAUAAAAUCAUGUUGAGGGGAUGCAUUUGGUUAGAAAUCAGCCUUGAGAUAGAAGCAAUUGCAUAUUCAUCUCAACCGCAACUUGUUCGCUUAAGAAUGUACCUCACACACAGGAUUUUUUGCAACAACACUUACUGUUGCCGACUCCUUACUUUGAAGAAAAUUUGAAAUCCAACAUAGUGUUGUAGCAGACAGACAUUAAUGGUUGUUUUAAUAGAAAAGAGCGCUCGGUUUGAGAGCAAGAAGGCCUGGUGUCUGGACACCAUAUGUUUGCUUACUCUUGUUUUAUUCAUUUGAAAUGCGUGAAGAAGACGACUUCCCAUCCCCGGUGGCAGCACCCAUCUCCACCUUCCCUGGACAAAUGCGAAAUCAGAUUUGUGUUGGACUAAUAGAUUCCCUUUUUCUGCCCCUGGUUCUAUGUUCCUCUUUUCUCUUCUCCUUAAAUAAACCUUAGUGUGUCAUUCGACUAAUUGUGUGCUUGAAACUUGGUUUUCGAUAAUGAACACUUGAAACAACGAUCCUAAUGGUUCACAAACCGGAAAGAGUGCUCCAGUACCUCACGUUCCGUGCAUAGUAGCCCAUAAGGACGCGAGUGACCUCUCGGCCGUCGAACCCCUUGCGAGGUCGGACGCUACAAUGCUGGCAGCGAACGAGCCCAGCCCACAGUCUAAGAACAGCACAACGAAACCUAUUCCGUCUUCCUGUAAACCCUACGACGGAAGUGAAGAUUUUUCGUAGUGCCUUCGCCGCCUUAAUUGCCACCUAGACGAUGUACCACUAAACGAACGCAGCCGUACAGUACUUCAACAUAUAGCAGACGACCAGAUGGACAAGGCACUCGAUGUCGGCCUCACCCGCCACACCCUUUCCAGGUGCUGUGCGACCAAUUGCAGAGACUAUUCCAACCCCCAUUGUCCAUAGAGGAAGCCAUUGACCAGUUACUAAGACGUUCCUUAAGGAGCGAUGAGAACCCUCGGCAGUUCGCUGACGCCUUACUUUGGCUCGCACGCGACGCCUACCCCUCACUGUCAGCGGCCGAUGGAGACCAAGUAGUCCUUGACCACCUCAAACGCUGCCUCUGGUCCCAAGAGGUGACGUAUUCCAUGGGGAUUCAGCCACCGGGCGACCUUAACGAAGCCAUCCAGCGGGCAUUCCGCAUGCUAACAACCGACGCUCGAAGACGUGAUAAUCAUUCCCGGGCUGAAUCGUGGAAAACCACGCCAAACCGCAGGCAACAGAAUGACGCCUCCUGGACCAGACCCUCCACGUUCCGCACGCCCUAUCGACCAUCACCGCUCAACACUGAGCCAAGACAAUUCCGGGGAGAUAGAAACAUUGAUACGGCGGCGAUUAAGAACGAAGGUAACCACAUAAUUACCGUCUGCUCUGAUUACAAGUCACGUAGUUUACCGUUUUACACGACAAUUUACCUAGACAACAAACGCAUUAAGGCUUUAGUCGACACAGGUGCCACCACGUCGUUAGUUCGGGCAGAUGUAUUAGACUCUAAGUGGCUAACCUCGCCAGGCAAAACGGUUACUCAUCACAACUCAAAAACGCAGACGGGUUAACUAUGACCACGUUAGGGACGAUUAGACUGUACAUCCCCUUUCCAGCCAGCGUUAAGGAACAAGCUUUUGUCGUCACGCACAAGAUGUCGUGGGACAUGAUACUCGGGCUAGAUUUCCUUUCUGCACGUAACUGUUGUAUUAUGGUCAAAUAUCGCAUGCUAUCCUUUGGGCAUAAGCCAUUGCCUAACCACCGAGCAGCCACCGAGUUUGACGAAGAAGCCACCUGCGCGACCAUCGCAGCGUCGGUAGCCUUACCACCCACAAGUAUAGACACGGUCCAACCCCCAGACGAUACGGUCGCCUUUACCGACAAGGAAGAAUUGAAGUCACUUAUGACUACGUUUAAGGAUACCUCCUUAGGUCGCACCGCUGUCAUCCGACACAGCAUUGGUACAGGCAGGUCGAAACUGCUGUGGCAGCCACCACUACCACAGUUUCAGAAGGAGGUGAGCGACCUAAUUCAAACCAUGCUGCCCACGGGAUAAUCCGCCCCUCCAAGUCACCGCGGGCAUCGCCAGUCACAUUAGUGCCUAAAAAGACGGCAAACUCCGGUAUCGUAUAGACUAUCGACGACUUAAUGCGGUCACCACCCGAUAUUUUUACCCACUUCUGAGAAUUGAUGUCACACUCGAAGCGCUUGCCGGAGCCCAAUGGUUCUCAACGUUGGACCUCAAGUCCGGCUAUUGGCAAGUUGAAGUGGAACGCAAAGACCGCCCAAAAACAGUGUUUAUAGUACCACAAUGGUUCUUUGAAUUCGAAACCAUGCUGUUCGGGCUAUGCAUUACAGCCGCAACCUACCAACGACUGAUGCAGUCCGUCCUAGUCCACUUUUGCCAUCACAUAUGUUUGAUAUACCUCGACGACGUGAUCGGGUUUCGACGCACGGCCCGGCAACAUAACGCUUACAUCGCAGCAGUGCUCUCUGCUCUCUGCGACGCCGGCUUGCGUUUAAAUCCACAAAAGUGCAAGUUUCUGUGCCGGAAAGUCAAAUUUCCUGGUUCCGAAGUCAGCCCGCAAGGCAUACAGGCGUCGCAGGAAAAAGUACAGACAGUCAGAUCAUGGCCUACGCCGAAGACUCCAGCAGAAGUCAGCUGCUUCCUCGGCCUGGCCUCUUACUAUCGCCGUUUCAUCCUCCGCUUUGCGGAGCUAGCACGUCCCCUCCAUCGGUUGACCGAAAAGGACCGCUUAUUCACAUGGACCAAGGAUUGUCAACAGGCCUUCGAUGAGUUAAAGGCAAAAAUUACUUCGUCACCGAUAUGUAUGCAACCCGACUCGAGUUCUGAGCUUACCCCCCCCCCCUUCAUCCUCGAUACCGAAGCCAGCGGGUUUGCGAUCGGGGACGUACCCUAAGAAGCUGACGAGACAGGGGCCCUACCUAAUGGUCACAUACCGUCAGUCGCCUUGACUGCUGGACUGCACCUGAUAAGGGCUACCGAUGCUCCCUGUAUAUGGUAAAUCCUCCUUAAUUCCCACUUCCCACCUUUGCCCCUCCUCCCCUUCUUUCUUACCACGAUCGGAUAAUUAACAACUCACGUCCUUAUCUGCCUAACCCGUCCCACAGGCUGCAAAGUAAUUUCUCCCAGACCGGCAGCUUGGAAUGCUCGCAUCCUUUUGGAUAAUGAGGAAAUCGGUCAACCCGGAAACGGGGCUGCCCUGGUCACGCGAGAACUGGUGCACCACAAAAUGGGCACCAGGUACCGUCUAAAACCCCUUCUGGAGCUGGCCCACCAGGAACAACGGGAUGGCGGUUUUGAGGGAAAGAACGGGCGGGGCAAACGGCAAAGGGCACUGGAUUGGCAGUUGGAUGCCGAAAAAUGUUGGAAAUCGCUGAAAAAUAAAUAUUUGUUUUAA